CUAUCUAUCAUUCUAUUGUCAAAUUGUUAAAAGCGAGCGAAAAUUUUUAGUUUCUUUUCUUGUAAAUUUUUAUUUUUAAUACAAUUCUUAUAAACAGCGUUAAAAUAACAGAAUCGUGUGAAUAAAUCAUUUAUAACAUUGUCGUAUUAGUGCAGGGUGAACACGUUUUUACAUUGAUCUUAGUUUUGUUUAUAGCGUCAUGCCGCCUCGUACUCGAGGGAGAUCAACAAAAACUUUGAAGGAGAAUACAGAUGUUUUGGAGCGAAACAAAUCUAGAAUAAAGCGUAAAGUAACGAAGGCACCAAGAAAGGCUUUAACAGACAAAAUCAAUUCAGCAUCCGAUGAUGACAUGUCUGUGGAGAAACAAAAAAUUUUGAAAAUUGUAAUUCCCAAGAUACCAAUCAGUGGAUUUGAAUCUAGGAAUGUAGCAAGACCUUGUCGCGAAAGGCGUUUACCUUCUCGGUAUAUUGAAAGUGAUUUCCUGAAAAAUUCAUCCAAUAGCAAAUAUGAUACCGUUAUUGACAGUACAGUUAAAGUUAGCUCUAUAAACCUAACUAAAAAGUCCAAAACUACUAAACUAAUCAAAAAGCAAUCAUCGUCAAACGAAUCACCUAUUCCAUCUCCAUUAAAAACACCACAAAAAGUUACAAAUGUAGAGAACAACUUAGUAGUAAAUCGGCCCAAAAGACUGUGUAAGUUACCUUCGAAAUUUAAAGAUCAUUCACUGAGUCCAACUAAAUCUUGUGUCAUACAACCAUGCCAUGCUAGUACACCAAUAGUACAGAAUAAGACCACUAGAACAAAUCAAAAUGUUACUCCAUCUAAAAAAUCUACCUCAGAUGAACUAAAUAAGAAGAAUGAUAAGACAAACAAUUGUGUUACAAUGAUAAAGCAAACUCCACAAAAAAGACACAUUCAAAGUCCUAUUAAAAAAAGUAUUUCAGAUACAAAUAAUAAUGCCAACCAAAAGUUACUGCGAGUGAGAACUAAUAAUAAGGCAUCUCAGGAAAAAAAAUCUACACAGGUAAUUGUUUCUAAUCACUUUAGUAAUAAAAUAUCAAAUAAGAAUUUAUCAUUUAAAGUUCUUGAAGAUAAGCCUUCCUCUAAGAAAAGUGAUAAUUUAGAUGUUUAUGAAUUCACAUAUGAUCCCAAUGAAGAACCACCACCAAAGAAGAAAAGGAAACGAGUGACUAAAAAGAAACCAGUACAAACUAGAACUGUUGUUUUCAAAAAUAGUUAUGACAGAAAUGUGAAUAAAGUUCUGGCAGCCUUGAAGAAUGUUGUUGCUAAGAAAUCUCCAAUACCUCAAGUGCUAACAAGUGAUGUUGAUAUAGAAAAAAAUAUAAAACAAGUAGUAAAUGGGAAUAAAACAAGUACACAAAAUAUUAAUUAUGACAAUAUACAAAUAAAUACUAAUAAGGACAAAAUUGAUACCAGAUCUCAAAGAAAUGUUCAAAAUAAUAAUAAAAUUGAUGCCAGACCUCAAACAAGUGUACAAAAUAAUGAUAAAAUUGAUGUUAGACCUGAAAUAAAUAUACAAAAUGUGGAUAGCAUUAUUAAUCAUGUUCAAAAUAAUGAACCAAGAAAUGAAACUGUUAAUAACAUAACAGUUCCAAGUAAAAAUUACAAUUCUGUUAGAGUGGAAGACAUUGCAGCAGAUUUUGAAAUAGAUAUAGAUCAUAAUGAUAUAAACUACUCUCCAGUAAACUCACCACAUAGGGCAAAUACACCAACACAACAAAUUAGUUCUGUUACAGAGUACAACUCUCAAAGAAGUGUACAUGAUAAAGAUUCACUCAAUCGCCAAGGAAAUCUUAGUUUCUUUGAUGACAUUCCUAUUGCAAGUAGUAGUAUGAACAUGUCAGUUAGACAUCCACAGGCUAGUCCAUGGCGUGUUGAAUUUGGUAACCUGCCUGUAAAAUGGCAUUCAAACACUUAUGUAAAGCCAAAUAUGACCCCUGCAGUUGAGAGUUCAUUCAUAAGUUGUGAGGACAACAAAAAGAAACAUGUUUAUACUAAUAUGCUGCCACAACCAGAUGAGGUGCUGCCAGAAAUUAUUCAGAAUAAUGAGCCCAAUUUGAAGCAGACAAGUAUAAUAUCAUUCAUAAGAGAAAUAGCAGAGAAGAAUGCUGCUAAGAAAAAAAGAGGGAGAUCUGUUACACCAACAAAAGUAAAUUCAAUUUUUGAAGAUAUAACCAAUGUGUCUGGUAAUAUACACACAGCUGCUGUUCAUAAAACACCUAAUAAAGGUUCUAAGACAAUGAAAGAAAAACUGGUAACUUCAAAUAAGGAGUCAGUAGAAAAUGUAACAAAUAGCAGUAGUGAUUUAAUAGAUGAUAAAGAAAAUCAUGAUGAAAAUGUGGAGCAAACAAAUAAUAAAUCAGCACAAAAAGAUAAAAAUGCUACAUUCUUUGGAUUUGAUGAUAGUGAAGAUCAAGAAAAUGUGUCUCCAAUAAAAAUAGAUAAUCCCAGGGUGCUGGCACUGAGGCCACGAGCACGGGCUGUUCUUCAAGAAAUCAAUGCUCAGCCAGGGCCUACAAGAGCUGUAUUGCCUAUUGCUGCUAAGUCUAGGAUUGUAGCAAGUUCAGAUGCAUUGAAGCGAGUCUAUGAAGAAAUUAAAUCGGCAACUGAUGCUCCAGUUAUAUCAGACAAGCAUGCUGAGGAAAAGAAUGAAGGAAUAACAAACAUUAAUAAUAGCUCAUCUGAUUCUGAAUUGAGUGGAGAUGAUUCUCAGUCUGUACAUUUAUUUGAAGAUUUGGAAAUUAUACAUCACCUGAAGCCAUUACGAAAAAGUUAUGGGAAGUCUAAGAAGGUGACAUUCCAACAGAGAUCAACGUCCGACAGUGAUGUGCAGAAUUCUGAUGCUGAGCAAGCUGUAUCCAGUGAUGAAGAUGAUCUUGCAGACCUUACAUUUACAAUGCCUAAAGCACAACUUAAGAAGAAACCUAAAAUUACUAGGAAAAAACCAACAAAGAAACAGAAUAAAGCGAAGAAAGAGGAGGAAGCAGCAGAAGCAUGGGCAGCUGGAUUUAACUCUAUGUGUGAAGACAUUGAGGAAUUUCCUUUAGUUGUUGAAUAAUGACAGUAUAUAACACCCUAUUAUUCAAUUAUCAGAUGUAACAUAUUAUUCUAUUGUAGAAACAUGUUACACCAGGUACAGAUUAGUGCAAUGUAACUUGAAAUGUAACAUUUUGAGGUCCAUAUUCCGUAUCAAUUCUCAAAAACGGGUCAACUUUUUGUCAGCUAAUUGUCAAAUUAGCUGAUUAGUUUUUUAUUAGUGUUCUAUAUACUUACGCACACAAUGUAUUAAUAUCGUAUCUAUAUUUAAUUAUCUAAUAAAUAAAAUGAGUUUUUACACAUAAAUAAAAUGCAAAAAUUAUAAAACAAUAUAUAUAUAUAUAUAUAUAUAUAUAUAUAUAUAUAUAUAGAAGUUAUAAAGGAAACACUCAGAACUAUUUAUUACGUAAAAUUGUAAAUUUAUUACGUAAAAAUGUAAAUUUAAAGUGUUACAUCAGCGGAUGAUGAUUGUUGAGAUUGAAAGCAGGUCAGUUGGCACACGGUGAUGAAUUUAACAAGAAUUAACUAUUAUUGUUUAUAGGGGAAACUGCAUCAAGGUCCACUUGAUAGGCUAUAUUGCUAGCAAUGGAGCUUUUAGACCCUAUCACUAACAACACUUUUGUCCCCCAGCACCAAGAGGUAGUAUGCACUCCUCAUAUAAAUUACUGUGUAUCGAUUCAGACCUACGUUUGUUGACACAAGGAUCAUAACAAACUGAUCUUGCUGGAGUGAAGAGCAUGGAUGACGACAAGUUGUGUUCGUGGUAGAUUAGCGAGAACAUUGUUCUCGUGCAUAUGCACGAGAGGGGUUUGUAGCGUAUGCGCGGUUCUGGCGCGCGACGCGUCCACACUGGUAGCGAAUAUGAAAGGUGGAAUGAUAAAUUUCAUGUUACACUGCAUCAGUCUGUACUCAGCAUAAGAUAUUUUAUAUAAUUUCAAUAUUUUAUUCCAGUAAAAAUGAAUAGAAAUAAAAAAUCAACUAUUCAUAAGAUUGAUUAUUUGAAAGGUGAGCUCUGUGUGAGAAUACACAUUGCUAUUUUCGAUGUUGUAAUAUUCUGUAAAUAUUGUAGAGAUUUAUUGCAUGACAGUGGUUUGAAUUUGCAUAUUUUAUUAUUAUUUAAGUUGCAUUUUAUGUUUAAGUACUAGUAUUUUUGAUUUAGUAAACUUAAUCAUUAAUUGUUCAUCAUUUCAUUUUAGAUGACUGUGUGUUAUUUUUUAUAUAACUCAUAAAUAUAGAAUAUUCUAUAUAUAAUAUCAUAUAGUAAAGAUAAAUAUUUAAAUAUCUGAAGCAACCACCAACACAAAGUCACAUCGCCGAUAGAAAUGUUUAAAUGUAUAGAAUUGACAAAGGAUUGAUAUUAAUAAAAAAGAGCUAUUGAAGCUUCUUUUCAACACCAUACAUUUCUUUGUAGUAUAUAUAAUUAAAGCCAUAUAUAAUUCGCACCUAUUUCUGUAAAUCUUUUACCCCGCAGAAUGUUGCACAAGUUGGCGGGCUAGUUAUAUCAACACAUUCAUAAUUUGUAAGUUAACAACUAGUGUAAUAAACUAGAACACAAAGUUCAAUUUAAAGUUUUGUUGCCAUUAUUUACAAUUUUAAGUACAAAACAAUUAUAUAAGUUUUUUUUUAUAGUAAUUAUAAACAUAUUGAUUAAGAAGACGCCUUAAUUGCGAAAGCACUUCAAUUAAGAGACUUCUUGCGUUAUCUUUCCUUAAUCUAAUUAUUGUAGAUCUCUUAGAGGUCAAUAUUACAAUUGUCAAUUAAGUACAAUCAGCAUCAAAAGUAAUGAACUUUACAGAUGUCUAAAACUUAUAAACACUGUAAUUUUUUUAUAAUUAGUGAAAAUUGAAUGGUAACCCCACCUGCUCUAUCAGUAUUCGCUGACGGAGCUCCAGUGAGAGAUGAUAGGUGUGGAUGUAAGCAGGUCAGUUAGCCCAUCAUGAUAAAUUCCACAAGAAUUAAUCCUGAUGUCUUCCAGAGGGAACCGCGUGGAGGUCACGUUGAUGAGUAUAUUGCUAGCAAUAGGGCUUUUAGAUCCUAUUAUUAACAAUUUUAGAUUGGACGGCUUAAAUUAGAAGAGUUAAAAAACAUCUCUUCUUUCAUCUUCUUUCAUUGUUCUAGCUCCCA